CUUUGCUCAAACAUAAUCUUGACGUUAAUGCAAGGAACGUUUUUGGUGAGGCAGCUAUUUCUGAAUUGCAUAUGGACGAAGUGUUUGAAAUACUUAAACUGCACAAUUGUGAUUUUAUGAAAAGGAACAGAUGGGGGAGAAUGCCAUUUCAAUGUAUUAUAAAUCUACAUCCAAUGCCAAAAUUAAUAGAGAAAAUGUUAAAUAAUCAAGGUGUUGAUAUGGAUUCUCAAGAUAUUUAUGGAUCUACAGCUUUGCAUUUUGCUGCCUACAAUGGUUAUGAAGAGCAAGUCGAGUUGCUUUUGGAAUACGGUGCAAACGUAGAUGUAGUUGAUAGCAUGAAUGAUACACCCAUAGAAACCGCAAAGCGCCAUGGAAAUUUCAAAUGCAUGAAACUUAUUUUCGAUGCUAAAUACUUAUAUGUAAGAGAAAAUAAGGAGAGGUUUCCACUUUAUAAAGCCUCAGAAGAAAUAACCUUAUCAACAUUGUUAGAAAAUCCAAAUUUAAGGGAACACUUGCAUAAUUUUCCGAAAGAUUUUCAACAAUAUAGCGAUUAUUUGCUUAAAGCCAGACGGACAUGUACACUUGCUAGGCCGUCUGAAGAGCAUGCAGAGGACAACGACGUAAUUGCAGCAGUUCGACAUCAUAUCGAACAAAUCUGUCAAUAUGUCAACGAGUACGAUUCUAGAUUUAGAAUGACCGUAUUUCCUACAGGAAGUACAGUGGAAGGUACGAAGGUUGGCCGCCCUGAUGAAUUCGACUUCGUUUUAUGCCUCGAAACAAUCGGCAGAUAUUGUGUGAUCAAAUCACCAGAGCCAUAUAAUCAAGUAUAUGCUCUUUUGCAGUUCAAAGAUUAUCCAGUUCCAGAAGGUUUCUUAUCAUUUUCUGAUUCAGAAGGCUACUUCCAAUCUCUUCCUUUUCUGAAAUACCUCUUCAGAUACAUUAAGAGAGCCCUGAACGAGAGACAAUUGUGGGAAAAGGGAAAUCUUUAUUAUAGGUACGAGGAUAAACUACACGUUAUUUCAGGAAAACCGGUGUUCAACUUUCAAAUGUACUGGAUAGGAUCAAAGUAUAAACAGAUAGCUCUGAGCAUAGAUCUUGUACCUGCUGUCUACAGGCGAGGAUGGUGGCCGGAGAAAGCCUGUCCAGAGAGUAUGAGACUUGUCUCUGACCGCGUAAAAGAUGAGGGAUGCUUCUUACUACUACAAACCAAGAACAAUGAUUUUAACUAUGAGUGGUAUUACAUGAAUGACAUCAUAAAUGACAGCGUUGGUAACACGCAAAACACUACUCAGGAUACUCACGGAAAUAAUAUGCUACGCGUUUCAGUUGCACCUGCUGAAAUUUCUCUGAUGAAAUCUCUACCGGAGAUUUAUCGCCGUGCGUAUGCACUUGCAAAGAUUGCAAAAAGUGCUGAUAUUUGUCCCUCUGUCCACAUCGACAGGCCUCUAUUGCCAAAGGUUUACAGAAACUUUGAAAAGGCCAAAAAUCAGAGAGUGUAUCCAUCCAAUGACAUAAAAAGUUACUGGCUGAAGAAUUGCACAUUUUUUGUGGCUGAAGACUUGGGAUUAGACAUUUCGGAAACAACAACUCCUUUGGAUAUAACUACCUUAAUAUACAAAAAACUAGCUGAAUUGUCAAAGUCAUGGUCUCUAAAACCUUACUUGUUACCACACUUACGUCUGCUAGAGUAUGGACGAGAGCACAGUUACUCACAUAAGUCCAAACAUACCAUACUGUUAAAGCGUAAAGUCUGUCUAGAUGUAGUCCUUGGAAUACUAGGUGAACCAUUACCGAAGCACGAAAAGGAUUAUUGCAAAUGGGUUGAAGACAGCUUCCAUCUAGAACGCUCGUCUGUAACUACGACAUAAAAUAGUUGUUUCUAUAUUUCUAUUCUAUGAAAACAUGCGAAAUAAUUAUCGUAUUUAAAAGUUAAAUUUUAAGCUUGGUUCAAUGAUUGAACAAGGAAAACACCAACUGCAUAAAACUUAAAAUACCAUUUUAAGUCGACUUUGUUUCGAGAAAAAUAGAGAUAUUGUUAAUGUCAUAUCGGCGUUGCCGAUGCAGUCACCCAAACUAUACUGUUGAUUACAACUAUAUGUCUUCAUACUUGACCACAACAACCCUUGGGUCACAACCUUUAAGUAGAUUGGAAUAAUCUUGAUCUUCAUAAAUGACCUUGACCUUGAAGGUUAAAUAUCUAUAUUUUGCUUGAUUUCUGCUAUAAGUAGCUAUAACUUGGAUAAAAAUGAAUGGAUUGACUUCAUAUAAAGAUACUUCAUUCUUCAAGGUAAUACAUGUAUGCAUACCAUCAUGACCUUGACCUUGAAGUUAAAUUAUUGACUUUUAACUGAUAAGUACAAUAGCUGGUUAUAACUUAAUUAAUCAAAAGAUUAUCUUUAUACUUGGACAAAAUGACCUUUAAGAGCAUACCUCGUAAAACGAUGAACUGAUUUUGACUUUAAGCUUUAUAUGACCUUGAUCGUCAAGGUAAAAGUAUUAAAUUUUUCUUUUCAUAGUUUUGUUAUCUAUAUACGGAUUAAAUACAAGGUGAACAAAAAAAACACUUUCGACCAAACAGACAUGUCGAAAAAUUUUGACCUUGAUUUUUAAAUGGCCUUGAACGUAUGUGAUUGAAUUUCGCUUAUUUUUA